AAUUCUACAAGAAGACACUACUGAAAUGCAUAGUGAUUACGUCAAAAGUAAAAUGAAUAUAAAUAGGAGACUCCAAACCGAAUACUUACUAAAUAACAUUAUUGAUAAAGAGUUCCAAUCCAUGAUGUUUCCUUUAGGCUUUGUGCCGUUUUUCUUCUUAAUGUCUCGGUUUAAGAUCAUUAAUAAUUUCAUCACUCCCGAUAAUUGUGUAUCGUCCUAUAUCAAAUCUUUUAUCGGUUCUAUUAUUCUAGCGUCAAGUCACUUCUUUCGUUUUUAUUAUUAUACUGAAAUCUUUAAAGGGUUUACCAGUGAUGUUGUUUUUUUUCUUUUCUAUUUUGAUUUGAUAUUUUUUUCUAUAAUAUCAUUUACGACUUACACUGUCAGUUCAUAUCAGAGAAAUAACGUCGUUGAGCUUAUUAUUAAAUUGCAACAUGUGCUCAAUUUUAUCAAAAUUGACAAAGUAGAAUUCCUUUCCAAGCAGAAGAACGGAAAUUGGUACAGCGUGUUGAUGGUUUUUAGUGUCUACGUUUUUCAUUGGCUUUCUGCUAGUCAACGUAGAUUUCUUGAUGUGUUGUAUCAAUCUUCGAUAAUGGCUACUCUAUCCCUUACUUGGAGUAUGAAGAAUUUUUUCUUAAUUAUUGUACUAACCAUCGCCUGCGAAAAUUUUUAUAGAUCUGUGGAACUUGCUGAAAGUUCUUGUGCCCAGCUUUUGAGUUGCAGUAAAUCUAACGAAAUGCGCAAGACUUGCAAGAACGUGUUGCGGCUGAACCGAGCGUCGCCGCGUAAGAUGUCGGCGUUUGGCGUGUUCGAACUCGACGCAACGUUCCCGUUGCGGCUGCUCAGCGGGCUCGUGACUUACUGCGCCGUAUUACUGCAGUUCGCCUUCUUGUCAUCCUAG